AUGCAUAGGUGGAACUUUGAAUGUGCGUUUUUGGUGGUAGGAGUAUCAGCGUGGCACGGACAGCUGAGCCCAACGUUUUACGAUGAAACAUGCCCACCUCUAAGAAGCAUUGUACGAGGAAUGAUCGCCCAAGUUCUCUUCAACACCGAUCCCAGGAUCCCGGCCAGCCUAAUUCGCCUUCAUUUCCAUGACUGUUUUGUUAAUGGUUGCGAUGCAUCGUUAUUGUUGGACAACAGCACCAGCGCCGGUAUAGACAGUGAAAAGGGAGCUCCGGCAAAAAACAACUCGGUCAGGGGUUUCGAUGUCAUCGACGACAUCAAGACGGCUGUGGAAGACGCUUGCCCUGGCGUUGUCUCUUGCGCUGAUGUACUCACCAUCGCUGCUACCGAAUCUGUGUAUUUGUCCGGAGGACGCUGCUGGACAGUCCUACUAGGAAGAAGGGAUGGCUUAACAGCAAACCGAACAGCAGUCAACGAUUUCUUUCCACGUCCCAGUGAACCUUUUGAUCAGCUCAAGAACAAGUUCGCGGUUCUGGACCUCAACAUCUCCGAUCUCGUUGCAUUAUCUGGUGCUCACACAUUUGGGACGGCCCAUUGUCUAUUUUUUAGGAACCGGUUAUUCGACUUCAACCCAACCGGGGCUCCAGACCCGAUCCUUAACACAACCUACUUAGCAGACCUCCAAUUAUUCUAUUAUAUUGACAUAUGA